CAGAACACUAAUUCCGACUGCCAAGAUAAAUUAUUAGAUGAUAGACUUAAGAAUGUCGAUCAGAAAAUGAUAGAUUUAAUUAUGAAUGAGAUCAUUGAUCAUGGCCCUACCGUCACAUGGGAUGAUAUAUGUGGAUUAGAUUUCGCUAAGAAAACUAUCAAAGAAAUUGUCGUUUGGCCAAUGCUUAGGCCUGACAUUUUUAAGGGCCUUCGAGGCCCACCAAAGGGUCUCCUCUUAUUUGGACCUCCAGGCACUGGCAAGACCUUAAUAGGGAAAUGUAUCGCCGGUCAAUCGAAUUCCACAUUUUUUAGCAUAAGCGCCUCUUCAUUAACCUCUAAAUGGGUUGGAGAGGGUGAAAAAAUGGUUCGCGCUUUAUUUGCUGUGGCUAGAUGUCAACAGCCGGCUGUAGUCUUUAUUGACGAAAUUGAUUCCCUACUUACUCAGAGAACUGAUGGAGAAAAUGAAGCUUCUCGUAGGAUAAAAACUGAGUUUUUGGUACAAUUGGAUGGUGCUGCAACGAGUACUGACGAUAGACUGUUGGUUAUAGGAGCGACCAAUCGGCCUCAGGAAAUUGAUGAGGCUGCUCGACGUCGACUGGUUAAGAGGCUAUAUAUCCCGUUACCCCAAGCACCGGCUCGAAGACAAAUCAUUCUAAACCUAUUAGCGCAGCAAAAUUAUAGCCUAAUCGAUACAGAGCUUGAUGAAAUUUGUCAACGAUCUGAAGGCUACUCCGGCUCCGAUAUGAGUAAUUUAUGCCGUGAAGCAGCCCUAGGUCCUAUUAGAUCAAUUGACUAUUCGGAUAUACAAAAUAUUUCUGCGGAUCAGGUUCGGCCUAUUGUCUUUACCGAUUUUGAUGCUGCGUUUCUGCAAGUGCGUCCUAGCGUUUCAGAAAAAGAUUUGGAUUUGUAUGUGCAAUGGAAUCGACAGUAUGGUAGCGGAGAAGCACGUUAA